AAGAGAAACUGAUAGAGAAGAUGAAUCAUCAUCAUCAACGCUCACAGGUGGAGGGAGAUCCUUGAGUUAAAGCUUCUUCAUCAAUGGCGCUUAGACCUCUGGAUCCAUUCUUCUUCAUCCUCUCUCUGUUUCUUCUGUUUCCAUCGCCUUCCCUCUCGGAUUCCACUACUCAGUUUUGUAGUGCAGGGAGUGAGUAUGGUGGGGUUUCAUCGACGAGGAUUUUGAUCAAAGGAGGUACAGUUGUGAAUGCACACCAUCAACAACUUGCUGAUGUCUAUGUGGAAGAUGGGAUUAUCGUCGCUGUGCAGCCAAACAUUAAGGUUGGGGAUGAUGAAGUUACUGUACUCGAUGCUACUGGAAAGUUUGUCAUGCCAGGAGGAAUUGAUCCCCAUACGCACCUUGCCAUGGAAUUUAUGGGUACUGAGACUAUUGAUGAUUUCUUCAGUGGUCAGGCUGCAGCAUUAACUGGUGGAACAACUAUGCAUAUUGACUUUGUUAUACCGGUUAAUGGCAAUCUGGUGGCUGGUUUUGAAGCCUAUGAAAACAAAUCCAGAAACUCGUGCAUGGAUUACGGUUUUCAUGUGGCAAUCACAAAGUGGGAUGAAGGUGUUUCCAGGGACAUGGAGAAAUUGGUCAAGGAAAAGGGUAUCAACUCUUUCAGAUUCUUCCUAGCAUAUAAAGGAUCUUUGAUGGUCACUGAUGACCUCCUAUUGGAAGGCCUUAAAAGAUGCAAAUCCCUUGGUGCCUUGGCGAUGGUUCAUGCUGAGAAUGGAGAUGCAGUGUUCGAGGGACAAAAAAGAAUGAUUGAACUGGGCAUUACAGGUCCAGAGGGUCAUGCUCUUUCCCGGCCUCCUGUGCUCGAGGGAGAAGCUACUGCUAGAGCAAUUCGUUUGGCUCGUUUUGUUAACACGCCUCUCUAUGUUGUUCAUGUGAUGAGUGUUGAUGCAAUGGAUGAGAUUGCUAAAGCUCGAAAAUCAGGACAGAAGGUUAUUGGAGAGCCUGUUGUGUCUGGAUUAAUCCUUGAUGAUCAUUGGCUUUGGGAUCCUGACUUCACAAUUGCAUCCAAGUAUGUCAUGAGUCCACCUAUCAGACCAGUAGGACACGGGAAAGCCCUACAAGAUGCCCUUUCAACAGGAAUCCUCCAGCUUGUAGGAACUGAUCAUUGCACUUUCAAUUCUACACAAAAAGCUCUAGGACUUGAUGAUUUCCGCAAAAUACCUAAUGGUGUUAAUGGCCUUGAAGAACGGAUGCACCUGAUAUGGGACACGAUGGUGGGUUCUGGCCAAAUCUCUGCUACAGAUUUUGUUCGAAUAACCAGCACCGAGUGUGCUAGGAUUUUCAACAUAUAUCCACGGAAAGGAGCUAUCCUUGCUGGCUCGGAUGCAGAUAUUAUCAUAUUGAAUCCAAACUCAAGCUACGUGAUUAGCUCAAAGUCUCAUCAUUCAAGAUCCGACACAAACGUCUACGAGGGCAGAAAAGGAAAGGGAAAAGUUGAAGUGACAAUAGCAGGAGGACGAAUUGUAUGGGAAAAUGAGGAGCUUAAAGUUGUUCCAGGAAGUGGCAAGUAUGUAGGGAUGCCUCCUUUCAGUUACCUAUUCGAUGGGAUGGAGAAAUCAGAUGCUAAUUAUCUAUCUUCUCUUCGAGCUCCAGUUAACCGUGUCAGAACUGAAGCUACAUAGAACUCUGCAUAUCAUCAGUUGAUUCCAUACGAAUAUCUGUACAUAACAUUAUUUGUAUUAAAAAUACUGAUAGAGUGACGAUUAGGAAUUAUGUCCAUGUAGUACGUAAAAGUUAUCCCUGAGUUAAUUAGCCUAUGUUCUCUUUUCU